GUCAAAAUUCCAAAAGAAGAAGAAAGACUCGCUAAGCCGGACAUUUUUCCCUCACACAGUUCUCUUGGCACGCGUCGUUUCUCCUCAGUUUCCAUCGUUUUACCUGACCUGAAUUCUCGAUUAUUAUUUUACAUAGUCAAACAUUUUACAAUCGGCGCUUGUUGAAGCUUGGCGGCCUUCUUUAGCAAACCUAGCUUAGCUUAACACGUCGUCAAGAAAGCGUCUGACGCGACGUAGUGUCAACAUGAGUCCAAAAACAAUUAGUCCUGACAUCGUGGAUCUACGGAAAUCACUAAAUGGCAUGAGAGAAGAAAUGAGGAAAUUAUCUAAACAACAAGAGGAGCUACUACUGACAGUACGACAGCUGAAAGAACAAAAUGAGGAAAAAGACAAAGAAAUUGCGGCCCUGGCCGGCCGUGUGGCAAAUUUGGAGCAGUACUCCAGCAUCAAUAAUGUGAUGAUUUCGGGAUCACCAAGCAAAGGGAUCAGUGGCAUCAGACAAUGUCUUGACCCAGAGUCUCCCGGCGUUAAAGAGGAAGUGGAGCUCAUCCAAAUCAAACAGGAGGAACCUGAGCCCCCUCGCCAGCAAAAAAGAGAGGAGCAACUCCCCGUCGAAAAGGUGGAGGAAGAGACGCAGUCCAUUAAAAUGGAGAAAGAGGAGCAAGAUAUCACCAGUUGGACUGGUGAAUCCCAAGCAGACAGCCUCAUCCCUCCGCUAUCAGAUAGCGACAACACGUCGUCACACUUGCCUAACAACGAAGAUUUGGAAAAGCAUAUGAAGAGCCUCACCGGAGGAAAACCAUUUCCCUGCUCAUUUUGUGGCCAAAGUUUCCGUAAAAAGGGACACUUAACAGAACACACGAGAAUCCACACUGGAGAGAAACCAUUCGCCUGCUCAGAUUGUGGCCAAAGAUUCGAUCGGAGUUUAAAAUUACAAAGACACAUAAGAAAGCACACGGGAGAAAAACCUUUUACCUGCUCAGCUUGCGGUAAAGGAUUCGCUAAUAAGUCGGAUUUAAUAAAGCACGCAAGAACGCACACGGGGGAAAAACCUUUUGCCUGCUCUGUUUGCGGUCGAAAAUUCACUUGGGAGGCCAACUUAAGAAUGCACGUGAGAAUUCACUCUGGUGAGAAACCUUACGCCUGCUCAGUUUGUGGUCGAAAAUUCCUUCGGAAGUACGCCUUGAAAAUACACACGAGAACCCACGCUGCCGUGUUUGCUGUGUAAAUCCCGCUUGUGGCAUUACGGUAUUCUCGACCACUAUACACUGCGAGCUCGUCACAUUGCUUUUAUGACAUUCAAGUCUCGUUUCUCCAGUUGACAUUGCUUUUUGAGAUACUACGGCGCUGGAAACGAGACGGUAAUGCGGAAUAAAUCAAGUUUGUCAAAUGCUGAAACUCCGAAAGGCUUUUUUUUUUUUGCUCAGAAGAACAAUUAUUUUCGUCAAGAUGUGUUUUUAUUUGUUAUGCUUUUGUCAAAUUAUUACAUAGAUUUUAAACAUCUCUAGUGUUUGACUUGCACUGUCAUUUUUUGUAGUUUUAAUAAAAUUGAAGCAGAAAUAAUUUAAUUUUAUGGCUGAUUUAAAAUUCCAUGGAAAAGAAGAGAAACUGCAUGCUGCUGCUAAAUGUAAUCCACUUAAAAUGGCGCUAUCUAACGGCAACAUGAGGUUCAGUCUUGGCAAGCUUUUAACUGGCCAGAAAUGUAGCAUGAGUUGUCUGACUCCAGCACCCCCCUCCAAGGACUCUUAAGUGUGGUGAAAUACUUUUUUUUUUUUUAAUGAACUUAUUUCACGAUGCACUUGACGGCGCAAUGUACGUCAUCUCUCGAUCGACACCCUCAUAGCUAGAGAGCGGGAACGUUAGGAACUAAAACUUCAAGAUUUCAUACAAGUUGUGUGGAAAAAAAAUACUCCCAGAUAAUUACUAAGGAAGAAGUGUGCCUCCACCUCUGAGUCCUACAACAAAUUAGGGGCAUGUGUCAAUGGCUACAUCUUGUCAGAAAACAUAGUAAUGAAGAACAAAUAGGUAAAACACAACUACUGCUAUUAGUACUGCAAAUAAAUCGCUGUAUUUAAGUACUGUAGUAGACCAAGGGCGUCCAAACUUUAUUUAUCAAAGUUCUAACUGUAAGGCCUAAUUUUCUAUAAAAAUGAAGCCAGCUUGAUGGGAAAAUAAAACAUGUGAGUUGUAGUAAACAAUCAUGCAAUCUGUGUAACAGGGCAGUCUUCCGGCUGGUCCAAGAACAGUGUCUGGAACAUGUGGUUGUAGAAGUCAGGGUGGUAUUUACAAGCCCGUUCGCAGUCUGGGCUGAAGUUAAACUCUAGAAUCUGAGGAAUCAUGAUACGAUCGCCUGUUGGGUAUUACAAAAAAAAUACAUUAUACAUACUCUCACUAGAGUAAUAUGACUAACCAUGGUCCAAGAUCCUACUUAAUGAACAGCAGUCAACAAUAAUGUCAGCUUUUUUAGAAUACUUGCCAUUUUCCUCCGUUCUCCACUUCAGCAUGAGGUCGACAGCAUAGAUUGCUCGGGAAGGCGGGUAUGGACAAACACCAUACGGGGCAGGUCGAGAUGAAUAAGCCUGGAAGAGCCUCUUGAAAGCUUCAAACAAUUGUGCCUAAAAGAAAAAAAAUAUGACGGCAAUUGUCAAAACCCCAUGUUUAAAAAAAAUAAUAAAACUGCCACGCUGCCACACACGCAUCUCCAAUAAGAACAAUCUACUAAAGUCAUAUUUUACAGACACAAGUGUUAACAACAAGCCCAAUAAAGAGCUUGUGUAGCGUCAUCCAUUUCCACAGAUAUUUAUUAUUCAUUUAUUAUGCGUAGUUCUUCCCAGCUUCUCUCUGUAUCUGACAAGUAGGGGUCUAAAAAAAUCCAGCGCGACCCGGGCCGAUCAAUUAACUUGAUUUGGAGGCCCGAACCAGAAAAAAAAACAAAAAAAAACAGGAUUUUAUAUUUUAUUUGUUUGGACUCAAGUGGAGGAGGAAAAGCAGGGAUGCGAUGCGUGGUUGCGUUUUGUGUGAUCACAUUUGUGAUAAUGCCUGUUCAUAAUGAUAACAAAUUAAAGCAUGUCUUUUGUAACGAAUUCUCCCAGCUUUUGUAUUUGUGUGUCUAUUCUAUCGGACAGAUAUAGUGGAUUUGACAUUUAUUUUAAUUUCUUCGAGUUGGCAGAAAAAAACGCAAGUAUUUUUAAUGUUUAAAUAGUCUAUAUAUUUUUAUGAUCAUUAUAAAUGCAUUCACACAACGAAAUAACGCUGGAAAAGUUGGUUAAAUAUAUUUCUCGUAUGAGAGCAAAGCGUCACAUUCGUUUACAUUCAGCAAAGCCGACACAGGUUUCUUUAUCGCAUCUUCAACAAUCAAUUUGAAGCCUUUCCAUGCCCCACUCUCCUUUUCCUACCGUAUAUGCCGUCUUCAGUUUGUUUUUCACUUCUUAUAUAUUGAAAAGGAAGUACCAGGAUGCGGACUCGAAGGGCACCGGGGCGGGAUUAAAAAGAUUAAAAGAUUAAAAAGAGGGCGAAGCCACGGCAUUCACGUCUCUCUCCGUUUUAUCCAAAUUAUUUAUUUUAUA